GGAACUGCUCCAGCAGGCCGCGCGUUUGCGGGGGCGUCACACCGCCCGCACCGGGGUACAGGGCUGCAGGGUGUUUGAGGGGCAGGCCGGAAGGGGGUGUCCUUCCCUUCACUCUGCGCUCAGGCGGUGCCGAUUCCGCCUUACCUCGCCCCACUGCCGUGCGCUCCCUGCCCGGCGCCCAGUGUCCGCUUAUCCUGGGCCCCUCAAGGAGUUGGGGCCUGGAGGUUCGGAGGUAACGGCCGCUGCUUGGCGCGGGAGCGAGGGGCGCCCCCCUCUUGGGCCCAGCCAGCCGCGCACCCGGCCCUCGCCUCCAUGGGCCCAGCUCAGAAACCCAACGUGUGCCGCCAGCUCAGUCGCCGGGCGCUGGGCUUCUUCUCGCGGGACGCAGGCGUGGUGCAGAGGACCAACCUGGGCAUCCUGAGGGCGCUGGUGUGCCAGGAAAGUACUAAGUUUAAGAAUGUGUGGACCACUCAUUCUAAGUCACCUAUAGCCUAUGAGAGAGGAAGAAUAUAUUUUGACAAUUACCGGUGCUGUGUCAGCAGUGUUGCAUCAGAGCCAAGAAAACUUUAUGAAAUGCCAAAAUGUUCCAAAUCAGAAAAAAUAGAGGAUGCAUUAUUAUGGGAAUGCCCAGUGGGGGAAAUACUUCCCAAUCCAUCAGAUUAUAAAUCUUCACUGAUAGCACUGACUGCUCAUAAUUGGUUAUUUCGCAUAUCAGCAACUACUGGAAAAGUCCUUGAGAAAAUAUAUCUUGCUUCAUAUUGCAAAUUCAGAUACUUGAGCUGGGACACUCCUCAAGAAGUCAUUGCAGUCAAGUCAGCUCAAAACAAAGGCUCAGUAUUGGCCCGGCAGGCAGGCAUUCAACAGCCUGUUUUGCUGUACCUUGCAGUGUUCCAUGUUUUACCUUUUUCACUCAUAGGGAUUCUGGAGAUCAAUAAGAAGAUUUUCGGGAACGUUACAGAUGCUACCUUGUCUCAUGGAAUACUGAUUGUGAUGUACAGCUCAGGACUGGUCAGACUCUAUAGCUUCCAAGCCAUCACUGAACAGUUCAUGCAACAGAAACUUGACUUAGGGUGUGCAUGCAGAUGGGGUGGGACUGCUGGAACUGUAGGAGAGGCUCCUUUUGGCAUUCCUUGUAAUAUUAAAAUCACAGACACACCACCACUGCUCUUUGAAGUGUCCUCUCUGGAGAAUGCUUUUCAGAUUGGAGGCCAUCCUUGGCACUACAUCAUCACACCUAAUAAGAAGAAACAGAAAGGAGUUUUCCAUAUUUGUGCCCUAAAAGAUAAUUCCUUGGCAAAAAAUGGGAUCCAAGAAAUGGAAUGUUGUUCUCUCGAAUCUGACUGGAUCUAUUUUCAUCCAGAUGCUUCUGGUAGAAUAAUACAUGUUGGCCCAAAUCAGGUCAAAGUUUUAAAGCUAAAUGAAGUAGAAAAUAAUAGUGCCCAGCAUCAGAUCUCUGAAGAUUUUGUCAUUUUGGCCAACAGGGAGAAGAAUAAAAAUGAAAAUUUACCCACUGUUACAGCUUCUGGACGGGUGGUGAAAAGAACUUUUAACCUUCUGGAUGAUGACCCAGAACAAGAGACUUUUAAAAUUGUGGACUAUGAAGAUGAGCUGGACUUGCUUUCUGUGGUAGCUGUUACUCAAAUAGAUGCUGAAGGAAAAGCUCACCUGGAUUUCCACUGUAAUGAAUAUGGAACUUUACUUAAAAGCAUUCCACUAGUGGAGUCAUGGGAUGUGACAUACAGCCACGAAGUCUACUUUGACAGAGACUUGGUACUACACAUAGAACAGAAACCCAGCAGGGUCUUCAGCUGCUAUGUUUACCAGAUGGUAUGUGACCCUGGGGAAGAAGAAACAACGAACAGAAGUUGUGAAAAAGAGUGAGAUAAUUUUAAAUUUUGACAAGUAGCUUAUGAGACUUUUAGCCACACACCUGAGUGGCUAUGUUCAGUCCUCCUUUUUGUUAUCUGCAUAGCAAGUGUUCCAGUAUGUUGACUUCAGAUGACUGUGACUUCUUUUUUAAAUUCUUGCCAUAUACAGGGCAAUAGGGACUUCAAUUUAUGGAAAGAUUUUUUUAGAAUGACACCCCAAGAAGUCUAGCAUUUUAGAGCUUUUAGCUGGGGGAUGAUACAAAUAUAAAGUGUUGGGGAGCACAAAAGACAAGUUAAUUUCAGUUGUUGGGGGAGGGUUAUUGAUGGAGAAAUAUUUAACAUGGUUCUUAAAGGAUGGUAUGGAAUUUUGAUAGGUAAGACUAAGCAGGAGAGACAAAAAAGAAAGAUGUAGAAGAUAUAGAAAGAAAUCCCCUAUCCUCUAUACCAAACUUUGCCUAAGGGUAAGAAAAGAAGUCUGUAAUGGAAUACUUUUGAGCCAUAAAUGUAUCAUCACAUUUUUCUAAAUCAUAUAUAUGUAUAUAUAUGUUUUGUAUUUAUAUGUUGCAUUAGGAAUUGGCUCUAGUUCCCAGAUUAUUUUUUCUUCUAUGAUUUUAUUCUCUUGGCUUGGUAUUCCAGUUGAUUAUUUAUGUUUCUAUCAUAGAUUAAUAUAAAAUAUUACAGGAAAACUUUAAGCCAGUUUCUUUUCUGAUAUGUAGCUUGUUCAGCUUUUAAUACAAUUAAAAAUGUUGUACUCAUUUCACCGUUCUGCUUAUUUGGUGGGUUUUCCAAUUCUGCUUAGGCAGUAUUUUCAUAACUAUGCAAUAAGAUAAAGAAAGGUAUCCUGGAUCCCACCAGUUCUGCUCCUUGUAGAAGAGUAUAGAUAACAUCUCAAUUCCCACUAGUGUGUGUAUUGACUGAUUAGUUACAAAAGACUUUUGUUUCUAUCUUAGUUGUGAAACAAGUAUUUUUUCUUCUUUGUUAGGACCAAUCUAAAUAUAAUCCUGAACUCAGAUAAUCAUUCUUCAGAUUGUUAAAUAAAAGCAACCUAAGGGAGAAA